AUGAGUCCUCAGAUCAGCAGUACGGAGGCCGACGGAGGAAGUGUGGUCGACGGAGAAAUUGCAGCUGACGAGACGGUGACGGCAUCCCAAAUAAACACGUCCAUCAUGCUAUCGGCGAGCACGAUCGAGGACAUGUUUGACUCGAGCAGUGAAUCCGACAUCGAGGAGACAGCCGCCCCGGUCAAUGAUAAAGCAGAUGCUAGCAGGGUCUCAGUCGGCGACGACGGUAGCGAUACCGCUGACGACAUCCCGAGCGUAGACGGAGAAGGUGGACUCAGUGUGGAGGAUCGCGAGAGUGCUGAGGACGAUGACCGAUUCGUCGUCGCUGCAAGUGACGUGAACGUGCUAGCGGCUGAUGAACUGUAUGAAGGGUAUGAGUCUGUUGGAUCAGACGGUGUACUCCACUCUAUCUCACGAAGGGCGUCCAUGUUUAUAGCGUCCAGGGCCAAGUGGCCGCCCAAGGUCUGGAUAAAGGCAGCGUCCAUACCAACUGCUACCUCCUCAGAAUCAUCAGCACUGCUCGGAUACUCCCUCCGCGUGAUAGCUUCUUCGCCGCUGCUGUUACUCUCGUCACUCCCGUCAUCUGAGGUCGCGAGUGGCAGAUCAGAGUAUCCUGGGUUGUCGUGCGAUGUGGCGUCACCAGUUCACUUAACCCACCGGGAGGACGUUCCAGAAGCACUUACCCCUGAGCAGCAUGUGGGGCCCACGUGCAGCGUGCCCAUGGUGGGCAGCCAAAUAAGACUACCACAGCUACUCACAGUGCGCGCCUCGCACCGAGGCGAGGCUUCCCCCACAGAAGACGUUGGGAUGAUGGUGCUGGCGCAGGAGCCUGAAGGUGAGGCCGCCCCAAAAGACGAUACUAAGGUGUUGCUGGCGCUGGAGGCAAGUCCGACCCCGCCACAAGAGUAG